CAAAAAGUAAACAAAUUUGAUAUGCCGUAGCUUCUUUCCAUUAAUUGUGGAUCACAAAAAUUGUCAACAAAUCUAGAAAAUUUGAAGAUUAAUUAAACUAUAAUGACUGACGCAAUAGAAAUAGCACUGAUUAGUGAUGAUAGUGGACAGCUGAACAGCAUUUCUGUGUGGGAUGUUCGAAAUGGAACUCAAUUAAUGCAGUAUAGAGGCGGUGGUGCAUCUCAUAAAUCAACAUUAAAUGUUAUAAACGGGAAGUUUUUAGUCACAGCGAACAAUUUGAAGCCUCUUUUAAACUUUUGGGCAUUAAACAACUCGGAUGCAAUACAGAAUAUAAAGUUUGUCAUGCCGGCACGUGUCAACUGUCUUUCAGUCUCGAAUGAUGGAUUAUAUCUUGUUGCUGGAAUCAAAGAAAACAUUUACAUUUGGCAGAUAUCGACUGGAAAAAUGCUUACGAUGUUGACUAAACAUUAUCAAAAUGUUAAUUGCAUUAAGUUCACAGAUGACGGAUCUCAUUUUGUGAGUGGUGGUGAAGAUGGUCAAGUCAUCGUCUGGAAUCUAUCAGCAGUCAUUGGAGAUCGCUUCAACACAGACAACAUUGAAGCACUUCAUGUAUUUUCUGAUCAUGCUUUGCCAGUUACUGAUCUAUGGAUUGGAAUAGGAGGUUUAUCUGGAUUAUUAGCAACAUCAUCAAAGGAUCGAACAUGCAAAAUUUAUGACAUGGCAUCGGGAACAUUAUUACUAAGCUUAGUGUUUCAAGAAAUCAUCACAUGUCUCACAUUAGAUCGAAUUGAGACGUCAUUAUUUAUUGGAACAAGUCAAGGAAACAUCUACCAUCACAGACUCCAACCACCGCCUAGAACACGUGAAUAUCACAUUACUAAUGAUGACGAAAUCAACAAUAAGUUCAAGGGACAUACAAAAGCAAUAACGUGCCUAGCAAUCUCAUUAGAUGAACAGACAUUGUUAUCAGGCAGUGAAGACUUUAAUGUCAUUAUUUGGAACAUUCAAAGUCGAUCAUUACUUAAAAUACUUCCAUUUAAAGGAGUAAUAACGAAUGCUAUUUUUAUGUCAUCCAGUAAAGUUAUGUUUAAUCACGAAGAGAAAUUGGAACUAGUUUCUAGGAACUUCCAAAGAAUGAUAAGUAAUGCAGAUAACAAAGAAAUAGUUGAGGUAGUUCAUGAGAUGAAUAAUGAAGAACCUGAGAAUAUUCUACAAUGCUACACAAAUAACAACAGCAAUAAUAGCCAUAAAUAUUCAAGGACAACAAGGAAUGAUACUUCAGAAACAAAUAAUUCUAAAGCCGAACUCGAGAGACUCAAAAAAGUUAAUAAAGAAUUGUUUGAUUUUUGUGCCAAGAAUGUAAUGACAUAAUAAAGUCUUCGUAUAGAUCAGAUACACUUGUUGCUUCUGGAUUCAUACAUACAUUGCCUCUUUAACCCACCAUCUUUCCUGUGCUGCUUCUGCUGUUUUUUUCUAUCAACAAUGAAAAUGCGCAUGAUUCAUGCUCAGUUUUUCCAUCCACUAAUCUCGCAUACAAUUAUUGAGUAUGAAAAACUCCAACUGUGCAUUGGCCUUUCUCGAUAUAAUUUUGUCAGAGAAAAUUUUCUCAUCAGUUGGAGUUUUCAAACUGAAGAAUGUGGUCGUAAAAGGAAAAGUUUAUAAAAAAUAAAAUAAAUAAUUAUUAACAAUUAUCUUCAUAUCAUUCUUAAUUUAAUUAAGCCAAUAAUAAAAUAAAGUUAUUGUGUGUGCGAUAUUUGGUUUAAAAUGAUUGAGUGUAUUUAAAUAUUUUGAAAUAAAC